AUGCGUUUGCGAGAUGGCAAUACUGCUGAAGAGAACAAAAGAAUAAAAGAGUUUAGUGACUGGCAACUUGCUGUUGGAGAUGGGAGAUCACCUACCAUAUCUCCUGGUGAGGAGAACCAUGAAUCAAAAGUCGAGAUACCUGAUCAGUUUGUUGUCCGUAAUGAAGUAUGGACUCAAAGUCUGAGUUCGAGAGCAAUCCUAACUCCUACAAAUGUUUGGGUUGACGAUAUCAAUGUGAGAGUUCUUGAAAAGAUUCCGGGUACCUGUCACACCUAUCUUAGCCAGGAUUCAAUGGAAGAUUCUGUUUCUCCGCAUAGCGAUUUUGAUGCUUCCUUUCCCAUUGAAUAUCUAAAUUCAUUAGAUAUGCCAUGCCUCCCCAAGCACGAACUGAAAGUCAAGGUUGGCGCGGUGGUUAUGCUGAUGCGCAACUUGAAUCAAAUUUUAGGGUUGUGCAAUGGAACUAAGAUGAUAGUUACUGAUUGUAAGAAAAAUAGUAUUAAGUGUGAGAUUCUAUGUGGUUCACAAAUGGGAACCAGGCACCUUAUACCAAGAAUUGAUAUGAUUCCAAGCGACACUAAUCUUCCAUUUGAUUUUACGAGGACUCGGUUUCCACUACAGGUAUGCUACGCCAUGACGAUUAAUAAGAGUCAAGGUCAAUCUCUUGAUAUGGUAGGACUAUACUUGCCAAGGUCAGUGUUUUCACAUGGCCAGUUGUACGUGGCAAUCUCGCAGGUCACAUCCUCGAGUGGACUUCACAUAUUGAUUGAUGAUGACAAUGGAUCCAGCACCAACGUUACAGCGAAUGUUGUCUUCGAGGAGGUUUUUUACAAUCUUCGCAGCUUAAAUGAUUGA